GUCAGCCACAUCCCUAAUCCACCGCCGUCCAAUCAGAACACUCCUUACUUUUUUAACAGACUUUUAGGACCAAUCACAGCCGGCCCUUCAUGUCUCACCUCUCCAACUGAGGGGAGGGGAUUUGACCUUAUUUGGCAUACAUGACCUUAUAUGGAGCGCCGCCAGAGGGGGCCAGCCUGCUGCUGACACUUUCCCCACAAACAUUGUAGCUUUGCCUCUCGGAGACGGAGAGCAGACAGUCGGAGGGUUGAAGCGACACAGACACAGUCGAGCUGCAAGAAAAGAGUGUUGUGCUGGUGCGUAAAAGUCGCUCUUGCUUGGAGAGUCUCCAACAUACGCACAGGAGGAUAUUUAGACACUGCGUGUUGCGUAAAAGAUCAGACGUCGCUCUCCAAAAACACAGGAACAAGAGGAGCAAGGAUUGUCUCGGGACUGCGCUUUUCGUUGCUGUCUCCAAAGAGCUUGCUGAGGACUAAAAGGACAACAUGAAAUGCGGUCUUUCAGGACUCACAUUAGAUCUUGCGUGAAUCCAAACGCAGUCGGCUAUUGAGCGCUGGAUAAGACUGGAGCGACCGGCUGAGAGGUUGUCGUCUGUUUAUUACAUCCCUAUUAUUCUAGAGGCAAAGAAGAAUUAGGGUUUUAUUUUCGACACGCCGAUUUAUUUGGACUGACUUUUUCCAAGAGGUUCCAUUCUGAAGAACAACGUUCCAUUCUGAAGAACAACGUUCCAAGAGGUUCCAUUCUGAAGAACAACGUUCUUAUCUGAAGAACAACGUUCCACUAGAGGUUCCAUUCUCGAGAACAACGUUCUAAUCUGAAGAACAACGUUCCAAGAGGUUCCACUCUGCAGAACAACGUGUUUAUGGAUCUCUGCGCAGCGACGCGCACCGGGAGUUUUCGGCUGCGCGCUUCUUCUGCAUCGAUCAUGUUGAAACCUCGCUGUUGCUGUGAACUUUGAUAGAUGUUUUACAGAAAAGAACUCAGUAAUAUUAGAUAAAUCAAAUAAAAACACGCAGAUAAGCUCAGGUUGAUCUGGAGGAAAGUGGGAAGCGCCUUUUUUUCUCUCUCUCCUAAGACAUCAGGACGGAUCUCUAUCACUCAGUGUCUCCUUCUGUGAUUUAAACAAAAGAACCAAAGUGUUUGUGGUGAUAGCAUGGCAAUGGUAGUAAACCAGUGGCCAGAGAACAUUUCUGCAGAUCCUGCAGGGUCUCAGCUCCAGAUGUGCGGCCAGGAGAACCCCCAACCGGGAACCCCCAACGGGUCCACCCCGGGAAACGACACGCUAUCCGGGGACAAGAUCCCCAACGUGGACUGCAUGGUGUGCGGGGACAAGUCCAGCGGGAAGCAUUACGGCCAGUUCACCUGCGAGGGAUGCAAGAGCUUCUUUAAGCGCUCGGUGAGGCGGAACCUGUCGUACACCUGCAGGGGGAACCGGGACUGUCCCAUCGACCAGCACCACCGGAACCAGUGCCAGUACUGCCGCCUGAAGAAGUGCCUGAAGGUCGGCAUGAGAAGAGAGGGUAAGACAAUAGCUGUACAACGAGGACGUACAUCGAACUCCCAGACCAGCCCCGGACAGUACCUGACCAACGGCACCGACCCGUACAACGGCCAGCCCUACCUGUCCGGCUUCAUCUCUCUGUUGCUGCGCGCCGAGCCCUACCCGACGUCUCGCUACGGGGCCCAGUGCAUGCAGGGAAACAACCUGAUGGGCAUUGAGAACAUCUGCGAGCUGGCGGCCAGGCUGCUCUUCAGCGCCGUCGAGUGGGCCAAGAACAUCCCUUUCUUCCCCGAUCUGCAGCUCAUGGACCAGGUGGCUCUGCUGCGCAUGUCAUGGAGCGAGCUCUUCGUCCUCAACGCCGCCCAGUGCUCCAUGCCGCUCCAUGUGGCCCCUCUGCUGGCAGCGGCGGGCCUGCACGCGUCACCCAUGUCAGCAGAGCGCGUGGUGGCCUUCAUGGACCACAUCCGCGUCUUCCAAGAGCAGGUGGAGAAGCUGAAGGCCCUGCAGGUCGACACGGCCGAAUACUCCUGCCUCAAGUCCAUCGUGCUCUUCACGUCUGAUGCUAUGGGGCUGUCAGACGUUGCCCACGUGGAGAGCAUCCAGGAGAAGUCCCAGUGCGCCCUGGAGGAGUACGUAAGGAACCAGUACCCUAGCCAGCCAAACCGCUUCGGACGUCUCCUCCUCCGCCUGCCCUCCCUGCGCAUCGUCUCCUCUCCGGUCAUCGAGCAGCUGUUUUUCGUCCGCCUGGUAGGCAAGACGCCCAUCGAGACGCUGCUGCGUGACAUGCUGCUCUCGGGCUCCAGCUACAACUGGCCCUACAUGCCCGCCGUGCAGCGCGACCGGCCCAUCUCCCUCCACUACAACGAGAACGGGCCGUGAGGUGCAGAGACGGACGAAGGAGAGGAGAAAAUCAGGCUGAACGUUCAUCUAACUACUCAUCCAUCCAUCCUUCCCUUCAUUCGCUCACACAGCUUUCCCAGAGGAAGCAUAUCUCCCUCACCAUUCCGCUCAAAAAAAACCCAGACUGACGAUAUAGCCCGUUACCGUCCCGGUUACACAAACCAGCCAAUCAUCCACCACGGCCAUUGCAGAGACUCGGUGGCCCGUUGCAGUCCCUCAGCCGACGGCACGGCCUACAUUUGAGAUGUGACUACGAGACGGACAAGUUGGUAGAACGGGUUAUUGCGCAGUUCACCAGCAGGUCUGUUGGACUCACUUCAGAUGUCAGUCUCAAAGCCCACGAAAACAGGGGCAGAAAAAGACAAAACAUUUGCUUUAUUGCUGGUGCUAUGCCUACAUUUACAGAGGCUGUGUGCAAGCACCUCAGUAUGGCGAGUACUGAGCAAGGGCUUUGCCAAUGGGACUCUACAACCAAGAGCACAAAGCCCGCUGUAUAUUUACCAAUUUUCGAAAGCCAGAAGCCAUUAAAAAAAAAAGACAAACGCCAAAAUGUCUUGGACUUUUGCAGAGGACAUGUUUUAAUGUGUGUGUUUGUAUUAGCACUGUUUAUAUGGAGAGAAAACUCAUGAUUGUGUCCAUAUGUACAGUAUAUCGUUGAUUCAUAGGCAUCUAUAGCAUAUUAGGGUUCAAUGGGAAAAGCUCAGGUUCAAAGGGUGGGGUAGACAGACAGACAGACAGACAUGCCAAUAUCAGAGCAAAAAAGACAAACCCAGUACAAAUUUACACUUAUCAGCAGCCAGUGCCAAAGCUGACAAAUGCAUAUUGUUUGGAUAUUUUUGUGGUAGUGUUGGUGAUGAAAAUUUUAUGUUUGGUUUGUCUAUAAUUUGACUAUAUACUUUUUUGGGGGGUCUCAGGAGGAGAGAAGGAGUUUGAAAAAAACAAAAAACAAAUAAAAGCUUAGGCACUUGCAUUGUAAACUAGUCAGAACCGACACUUACUCACUCCUGUAACAUCACAGCACUGGUAGAUUCUUGCUUCGCCAUUUGAUCGAUCUACGUUUUUUUACUUAUUCAAAAGGCCCAUUAAAACGUCUUACGUGUUGUUAUCACAGGAGUGACACAGCUCGUCCUCAUUAUUGUUCUAUUGUCCCGAUUGUCAACAUUGGAACCUUUUGGACUGGGUGGGGCGGGGGAGCAUUUUACAAAACUAGCUAUACUUGCCUUAGAACAAAGAUUUUGUCACUGAGCAUUUAUCUUAUGACUGUGCCAUAAUCUCUCGUUACCUGUUAUAACAGGUAUUAUGUCCCGUCAGGAGAGGAAAUGAACUCGCAUGAUGUAAAAAUGAUUAACGUGCACAUGAAUUCAUAGAUAAAUGAUGCAAACUCAAUAGAGAGAACAGACAUUUCUGUUAACAUCAUCAGCACUUUCAUUAUUUUAAACCUCAUGUGAGUUCUUUUCCUCUUCCUGAUGAUAUUGUCAUGUAGGGAAAACCCCCUCGACUCAUGUCAUUUGAGCUUAUCGUACUGAUACCGUAGAGAAAAGUAUCACUAACCUCUGAAAACCUCAGUCUAUGUUACAAUAUUAUCCCAGUUGGACUUAUGACUGUGACUUAGUUUAGGACUAUUUUAAGUUGUUUUGUUUUUUUUCUUCCCCUCAGUGGAAGCAAGUUUGUCUCACAUUUCCAACAUGGCACUAUAGUAUCGACAUUGGUAUUGGAAAAGCCAUCUGGGACCUUAUACAGCCGUCUGUUGAUAAAUGAAUUCACAGAAAGUUCCUAUGAGUUUGUUUUUAUCCCCUCUACUUUUGUUUGGAAAUAUGGAUUAUCCAUUAAUUGAAAUAAAAUUCUGUUGUUCACAGUAA